CAAAAUAUAAACACCUUUGUGCGGCGGUGCAGCCGGCUGGGUUCACUCAAAAACAUAUUGCAUUGAUUUGAUUAUUAGUUUAUGGUUGGACUUUAUGAUAUCCCGUGGCUUUUUUAUGCUGAACGGAAUAGGUAUGAUAGCAUUUACACUUUAGCCUGCUAACGAUAGUCGGAUAGGAAUAUGGACAGCAUCCGAGAAUGAACAAUUCGCACUCUCCGGGGAUGUGUUGUUCAGUUGUCUUUGGCUGAUCUUUAUUUACACUCAUUAUGGCCAUUAUUACAUCUAAGGUGACAAUUGGAUUCGUAGUCGCAGGGUUACUUGCGGUGUCUUUCGGGACAGUGCUUGUGUUUGUAGGACCGAUGAUUAUUGAUGACCAAAUAAUAAAGAACACCGUGAUAGACCCGAACAAUGAGAUCGCAUACCCAAUGUGGAAGGACAUCCCUGUCCCCUUCUACAUGUCAGUGUACUUCUUCAACGUCCUCAACCCGAAGGAGGUUCUGCUGGGGGAGAAACCCAUGGUGGAGGAGAGGGGACCUUACGUGUACAGGAAGCGCUGUCAGAAAGACAACAUCACCUUUCACCCAAACUUCACCGUGUCCUACCGGGAGUACCGGCAGUACUACUUUGAGCCCAGCAUGUCGGUUGGGAAUGAGUCGGACGUGGUCACCAUCCCCAACAUGUUGGUGCUGGGCGCGGCGGUAAUGAUGGAGAAGUUGCCGUUUGCUGUUCGUAUGAUGAUGAGCGCCACAUUCAAGACCUUCAAGGAAGGCCCCUUCCUGACCAAGCCCGUGGGAGAGCUGAUGUGGGGCUACGACAGCGGCCUGGUCGACUUCCUCAACAAAUACCUGCCCGGGAUGCUGCCCACCAAGGGGAAGUUUGGCCUGUUCUCCGAGUUCAACAACUCAAACACUGGGCUCUUCAACAUCCACACCGGCAAAGAUGACAUCAGUAAAGUUCAUAAAGUGGACUCUUGGAAUGGCCUCAAGAAGCUGACCAACUGGGGGACCCCCCAGUGUAACAUGAUGAAUGGAACAGCAGGCCAGAUGUGGCCCCCAUUCAUGACCCCAAAGACCACGUUACCCUUCUACAGUCCUGAUGCCUGCAGGUCCAUGGAGCUGGUGUAUCAGAGGCCGGGGGUCAUGCAGGGCAUUCCUCUCUAUCGCUACGUCGCUCCCAAGACUCUGUUUGCCAACGGCUCGGACUACGCUCCCAACGAGGGCUUCUGUCCCUGCAGGCAGUCCGGCAUCCUCAACGUCAGCAGUUGUCGCCACAACUCCCCAGUGUUCAUCUCCCACCCCCACUUCUACAACGCCGACCCUGUCCUGCGCGACUUCGUCGGGGGACUCAGCCCCAAUGAGGACGAACACGGCCUCUUCAUAGACAUUCACCCCAUGACGGGUGUUCCACUGAACGUGUCCAUACGUCUCCAACUAAAUCUGUUCAUGAAGCGCGUUUCGGCAAUUACGGAAACUGGGAAGAUAGCGGAUGUGGUGAUGCCCAUGAUCUGGUUUGAGGAGAGUGGCUACAUUGACGGGCCCAUCCUGGACACCUUCCACACCAACCUGGUGGUGUUGCCGGCGGUGAUGGAGUACACGCAGUACAUAUUCAUCAGCCUGGGCCUGCUCACCAUCAUCGUGGCCCUGCUUGUGCACAGGCGCUCCAAGAAUCUAAAAGAUAGCACGGGUGCUAGCAACGGAGACGGACUCGUGAGCGGACCACCCAGCGAGAAGACCCCUCUGCUUCACGAUGGAACCAUGGACUAACACACACACACACACACACUCACACACAAAGCAAUAAGACUCAACAAUGGCCCGGCAUCACUGCUGUGCUCAAGUGUUGUUUGCAUGGGAUCUUUUGUUGCAAAGACUGAUGCACUAAAUAUCAGCUUUGCCGUUUUCACUGUUCUAUAAAUAUAUAGCAAAUAAAUAUGUGGAGUUUAUGAGACUGAGCUGAUGACUGUCAGUGUUAGCCCAGUUUUGAAUACUUUUGGUGCGGUGAAGUAUUUCCUUUCAGGAGUGGCAGGGUUGAGACUCACGAUAGCGAUCCGUCGACAAGGGCUCUGUCCGGGAUUAUGUUUGUCUCUUGGACCUCAGCAAAGUUGAAGAGAACAAAUCUGUAUGUGGGUUAUAUAUUUUUUUUCUACACCUUCGCCUCUGUUUCUCUAGACUGAUGUUAUUGUUGGUGAUGUUGUAUCUAUACACUAACCGGUUGCCUAGAAUUUCCUCCACCCCAAAAAAAACCUGCUUUGAUAGAGUGAUUCGUGCAUUUGUGUCUCAAUCGACGAAACUUUGAAACUGGAUAUUGUGACCUGUCAAUCGUUGUGCCAUUCGGAUACCUCAAAUGGACUUGUGCCUUUAUACCAUUUGAUACCCCUUUUAUACCAAUUCUUACGAAUACUACUGGGUGACAUUCACACGAGUUGAUUCUAUACUUGAUUGACUGACUAGAGUGAGUUCUAAAUGUACUAGCCAUAGGAAUCCUACAUUAGGCUGUAUCUGGGAUGCACAUUAUUGUAGCUAUUCAAUUGUAUCAUUCUGUCUCUGUGUUUGUAAGAUUCUAAAUGUGCUUCAUGAUGGUCAUGUGAUCGGAUGGAAGCAGACUGAAAUAAAUGUCUUUGUUCAAAACAACCGA